AGCUGCUCUCCCGGCUGGUCGUCCGGCGCAGGCAGGCGUUGGGCUGGGCAUGGGCCUUGGCCUGUGAAGGCGGGGAUGGGAGAUCGCAGCCCGUACAAGAACAGCUGCCCGGAGGCCGGCGGAGCCGCCCUGGAGCUGGGGCCGGGCGGAGGGGGGGGCUGCCAGGCCCACCACGCUGCGGCGGAGGAGUUGCAGGCCAAGCUCCAGCGGGCGGUGGAAUUCAAGGCGGAAGGGCACCGCUGCUACAAGCAGAAGAAGCUCCGCGAAGCCAUCGGCAAGUACCACCGAGCCCUGCUGCAGCUUAAGGGACUGGAACCGCCGGCUGCCCAUGAGGAGGCCGAGGCGGCGGCGGCCGCAAAGGGCAGCUCACUGGUCGCCUGGCAUCGCCUGUCCGCUGAGCAGCGGGAGCAGGCGGACAGCACCGAGAUCGAGUGCUACGACAGCUUGGCUGCCUGCCUCCUGCAGUCGGAGCUGGUGAACUACGAGCGAGUCCGGGAAUACUGCCUCAAGGUGCUCGCCAAGGAGAAGGGUAACUUCAAAGCCAUGUACCGCGCGGGCAUCGCCUUCUACCACCUGGGAGACUGUGACAAGGCCCUGCUGUACCUGAAGGAGGCCAAGUGCCGCGAGCCCACAGAUACCAACGUCCUCCGCUACAUCCAGCUGACUGAGAUGAAGAUCAGCCGCUGCCACCAGCGCGACAAGGAGGUGACUGCGUAGGGCGGACCGGCCCCGCCCCGCCCCGCCGUCCUGCCGAGCCCGAGCCUGCCGGGCGCCGGGCCGGGCCCCUGAUCGAAGCCUCAGCUGCGCUCCGCGAUCCGGAGAACCGCCGGGGCCCGAGCCAGCCCGUCCCAGCAAUGCUCCCCAGAGACAACUUGGCCCAGACCGGCCCCUGGGCUGCGGGGCUGGAGAAUGUAGCUU